AUGUCCACCACCCAAAAGACCCUCGAAAUCCACGUCGGCCGCACGAACCACCAGGACCAGCCCGAGCACUGGCUCUUAAUGCUCCGCGCCCCCGGCGAUCCGAAAUGCACAUUCAUCCACUCCACCGCCGAAUGUAUCGCGCACGGCGACUACUCACGAAGCAUCGAACACGAAAAACACUUUGAACACGUCCAAAUCCCCUUCUGGGACAAGGUAUCGUUCAUCAAGGCCGAAGACGAGAAGCAGGUGAUUGCGGUGGCGGAAGCUGUUGAGCCGCAGCACUGUCAGCGGUACGUUCUUGCGCUCCUUGAGAAACUUGAAGGUAAGGGCCUCAUUCCGAAGGGGACUACUGAUGGGUAUAGGCCGAAGGUGCAGCCGCUGAUUCAUGAGGGGCCGGUGAAGAAGUUUACGAAGGCGGAGUUUGAUAAGUUGGUUGUUGAGCAGGGGGGGAAAGAUGGGGCGGUUAAGUAUUUGUUGAGGGUUCAGGGGUGGGUUGAUGAUAAUGGGAAGGUUUUGUGGAAGUCAGGUCAGUGA